AUGCAUCUCAGCCCGUUGCAAUCGCGGCUCGCAGCCUCACUUGUGGCCUCUUGUCUGCUGAUUCUGCUCUAUCUCGUCCUGUUUCCGCCAAACUUCGCCCUUGCCGCCGAGCUCAACGAAGCAUUGCCUGUUAUCUUUGAUGGUCUCGACUCCGCAGCGGACCUGGCGGGGCCUGGCCCGCUCGGCCCGACGACAUAUGAAGCCGAAUUCUCAGCCUUUGAUAGGAGCAUUCUCGGACGAGCGACGCGUGACCUGAUCACACUCACGAACGAUGAGCCUCUCCCAAUGAACGUGGAUCAAGGGGUGACUCAGCCGUUCGUCUUUUUACUGCCCCGCGUAUCCGACCGGGGGGCCGUGGGGGAUCGGUUGGAGCUGAGACGGGAACGGAGUGUCUCCGGGGACGGACACGCUGGCGCUGGCGCCGGUGCUGUGGAGAACGAAGAGGGCGGAGAACAACAGGGUCAAGAUAUUGAGAAGCGACAGGCAGCUCGAAUGGUGUACAUCUCAGCGAAUACUUGUCUCCAACCGCAGCCGGUCGAUCCCUCAAAGGCAACGGAAGACCCGCCCCAACUCAAGCUUUACGUUUCGACGUCCCCCGACAACACGGCCCCCGGGCCUCUUGCGGACCCGGAAACUCAACAUGUGAAGAAUUUCACCCAGGGGGCAGUUACGUACAACAUCACCACUAACAGGGAGGUUUACAUUGGAAUACACGCCCCAGAAUCGGAAAGGUUCUCUGGCACAUACAAUCUCCGGCUUGCGGCGUCGACAGACAGUUACUAUUACACCUACGACACGAAGGAUCCCGACUUGAUUUUUGUUGAUAGCGACUCGCAAGGAGCGUUGCUAAUGACCCCCGAUUUGGUGGAUUCAAGAGACCCGGAGGAGGAGGACGCGAUCAUGGAAGCACCGCCAUACGUGCUAUUUGCGCAUAAUGUAAAAGACAGAGCCGUCAACGGCCUGAAGUAUUCGUACUGUGGAUUGUACAACUACGCAAAGAUUGCGGCCACCAAGGACGAGCGGCAAACGGGUACGGUCAGCACGAGCAUGACGAAGAGAGGGGAUGGCCGACCGAAGCAACAGUUUUUCUUCAGCGAGCUCAAUUCCUCUGCGACGUACAUCGGUAUUUUGGCGGUAGAUGGCGCGGAUGGUGGUAAAUUGGGAAAGCGGCAGACUGCGUUUGAGAGAGGCCCUCUGGUGUUCAAGGAGAUGAACUUCACCACCAAGUCCGACCACGGCAACUGUGCGUUGGUCAUCAACCUCGCUUUCUGCGACGAAACCGCCUACGCGGUGCCCAGCAACCCCAAAUUCGGCAACGCGUCGCAGCUCGCCGAGUUCUACGACAACUACGCCGCAUCUGUGUACGCCAACUUCGACAAGUCCCUCGCCCAGGUCGCCUGCGAGGCGCCCUCCAGCCAGCUGUACUCGCUCGCGCGCAACUGCAGCGACUGCGCCGCCGCGUACAAGGACUGGCUCUGCUCCGUCACGAUCCCGCGGUGCGAGGACUUCUCCAACACGGCAGACUACCUGCAGCCGCGCGCCGUCCGCCAGCCGUUCCCCGACGGCGAGACCCUCGACGCGGCCACCCUGGCCUCGUUUCCGGAUAGCAGGGCCUUCACCAACAGCCGCAACCCGCGCAUCGAUGACGUGAUCAAGCCGGGCCCGUACAAGGAGGUCCUGCCGUGCGACGACCUCUGCUACAAGCUGGUGCAGAGCUGUCCGGCGUCGUUGGGGUUCGGCUGUCCCCUCCCCGGCGGGGUGGGGUUCAAGGGCAACUAUGAGAGGCAUGAUCCGUCCAAGGGGCUGACGUGUAAUUUUCCGGGGUCAGCGCACUUCCCGUCUGCGGGUGGGAGAGCAGUGGUGAAUUGGGGGGUCAUGGUUGCGGUGAUGGUAGUCGGGCUGUUGGUCGUAUGA